AUGCGGAUGGAAGGCGUUUCCGGGGCCACGCGUCCGGCGGCCACGGCAUGCUUGCACACCGCCCACCGGCCCCACGGCCGGGCCAUGGCGGCCGCGAUCCCGCCCCUAGCCACGCGCAGGCCGGUUCACCCUGCGGGAGGGUACCCUGCCCGUUCGGUCUGCACGGCCGCCCAGACGGCCGCAAAGGAGCCCGCCGUCGAUGCUCCGUCCUCCUACAAGAUCCCGCCGCGCAGCGAGACCGUCCUCACCGGCAAGGCAGUCGAGGACUACGCUAUGAGGAAGCAGAUCGAGGUGCACGAAAAGUACCCGCGCGGGCUGCCCAUCGAGUUCUCCUGCGCGCCUCAGGUGCUCGAGGCGUCGUAUGCGCGCUGCGGGGAGGUCACGGCGGAGUACGCGAAGACCUUCUACCUCGGCACGUCGCUCAUGUCUGAGCCCCAGGCAAAGGCCAUCUGGGCCAUCUACGUGUGGUGCAGGCGCACGGACGAGCUCGUCGACGGCCCGAACGCGUCGAAGAUCACGCCCGAGGCCCUGGACCGCUGGGAGCGCCGCCUCGAAGCCAUCUUCGAGGGGCGGCCUUACGACGAGCUGGACGCGGCGCUCACCGACACCCUGACGAGGUUCCCGCUCGACAUCCAGCCGUUCCGCGACAUGAUCGACGGCAUGCGCAUGGACCUCGUCAAGGCCCGAUACCAGACGUUCGACGAGCUGUACGAGUACUGCUACAAGGUCGCCGGCACCGUCGCGCUCAUGUCGAUGCCCGUGAUGGGCGUGGAUCGGAACGUGGAGGACUACGAGGAGGUGUAUAGGGGGGCGUUGGCGCUCGGCACGGCCAACCAGCUGACCAACAUCCUGCGCGACGUCGGCGAGGACGCCGCGGAGCGCAACCGCAUCUACGUGCCGCUGCAGGAGCUGGAGGAGUACGGCAUCUCGGAGCAGGAGGUGUUGGACGGGGGGGUGUUUAGCCCCACGACGGGCAAGAUCGACGACCGGUGGCGCCGGUUCAUGGAGUUCCAGAUCCGCAGGGCCCGGGAGUACUUCGCGGAGGCCGAGUCCGGCGCGGACAAGCUCGCGGCGGAGGCGCGGUGGCCUGUGUGGAGCGCACUCAUCCUGUACCGCCAAAUCCUGGACAGCAUCGAGCGGAACGGGUACGACAACUUCACGACGCGGGCAUACGUGAGCAAGGGCAAGAAGAUGCUCAGCCUCCCCCUGGCGUACGCGCGCGCCAACGUCCCGGGCCUCUCGCUGCCCGGGAUCGACAGCCUGCCGCGGUGA